AUGAAUCCAAUAAUAAGACCAUCAAAGACGUUUUGGAGUAUUGAGCUUAAAAGUGGUGAAUCGUUUGAUGUCAACCUUGAAGACAAAUUUUUGCGUCUUACACUGGUUUCUCUUAUAGAAAUCGAGAAUGAAACACCGGAGUUUGUUUCCUUGCACAUCACUGAGAAUGGCAAAAAGCGUGUAUUUGCACGCCUUCACCCUAAGAGGCGGCCACAACUACCAUUGGAUGUGGAUACGAUGAUUCCUCAUGAUGAUGACAAUGAUGAAAAUGAAGAUGCAACAAAGCAAUACCAAAAGAAUAGACUGAAUGUGUCUGCAAGUAUGAGUCUUCAUAAAUGUACGAGUUCCAUGUCGUAA